CUGUACAUCUCUCCCCACUGGCUCCCGACCAACCCAGGAGCUAGCUCAGCACGUGCACCACACCAGAGGCCAGGGAGCCGGAAGCCAUGGCCGAGUGCGAGGAGCUGGUGGAGAGCGGCGCCGAGGCCAUGCCGCGCGUGGUGGCCGCAUUGGCCGGCAUCCUGGAGCGUGUCGCGGAGCGCAACGACGCGCCGGCCGCGGAGCUGUCGGUGGCGCCGGCGUCGGCCUUCAGGGCGACGACCAGGCCGAGCAUCUCAGUGCGCGCGUACAUGGCGCGCAUCGCGCGGUUCGCCGGGUGCAGCCCCGUGUGCUACGUCGUCGCCUACGUGUACCUCGACCGAUUCCUGAGCCGCGGCCGCCGCCUCUCGUUCGCCGUCGACUCCUACAGCGUGCACCGCCUCCUCAUCACCGCCGUGCUCGCCGCCGUCAAGUUCAUGGACGACAUAUGCUACAACAACGCGUACUUCGCCAAGGUCGGGGGCAUCAGCUUGGUGGAGAUGAACUACCUGGAGGUGGACUUCCUGUUCGGCGUCGGGUUCGACCUGAACGUGACGCCGGAGACAUUCGGCGACUACUGCACCGUGCUGCAUUCCGAGUUGCUGUUCGCGGAGGCUCCCCCCGUGCCGCCGACGCCGAGGCUGCAGUACUGCUGCAUGUCCGACGACGACGCCGCCGCCGGCGCCAGCUGCAGCUCCCUGCAUGAAGAGCAGGCGUGCAUGUGACUAUGUGAGUUAAUUAAUUAGUCCGUGUCAGCGCACCAAGUGCACUUAGCUAGGCAUGUGGUCAUCCUCUCCAUGCGUGAUGCAUGCGUACAACGAUGCAUUCUUGAUGUGCACUCUUCAUUUUUGUUUGGUGUUGUGGUGUACCGGUAGUUUUCUCCCCUGCUUGUGAAACAGAUUGUACAGCGUUUGGUGACUUCUGAAUCUGCAUGCGUACUCUGAUGGCAAAGGUAACAAUGGUGUACCUAUAGAAACUA